CGGGAAUCUCCGCUCUAAAUUUUACAAAGCUCAAGCUGAGAAGCAAUAGCCCAAAUAAAGGGCUAAAAGCAGGCUCUGAACCAAAGUCCAAAAGCCAACACAAGCCAUAAAUAAAUAAAUAAAUAAAAUAUCUCUUGCUCAUCAAAAUUGUUUCGAGUCCCAAACUUGAACUAAUCCCACAAGAGAUUGUGGCUUCUGGAAACAAUCUAUUAUAUCAUCAUCAUCAUUAUUACAACUAUAUCAACAAUCUACUUCAUCUCUGAUCGGAGAUGGUUACUCUGACUACUACUCCAAUCGUCCCUUCCAUGCUUAAGCCUUCUUUCUCUGAGCAAAAUCUCUCUCUGUUCCCCUACAGAAGGCGACCCUGCAAGAAGAAACAGCCAAUCUCUCCUGUUAGCAGGUUGUUCGGACCUGCCAUCUUUGAAGCUUCAAAGCUCAAAGUUUUGUUCUUAGGUGUGGAUGAAAAUAAACACCCAGGCAAGCUUCCUAGGACUUAUACUCUAACCCACAGUGACAUCACCGCCAAGCUCACUCUCGCAAUCUCUCAGACUAUAAACAACUCUCAGUUACAGGGAUGGUACAAUAGAUUACAAAGGGACGAAGUGUUGGCAGAGUGGAAGAAGGUGAAGGACAAGAUGUCUUUGCAUGUUCAUUGCCAUAUCAGCGGAGGUCACUUCCUUCUAGAUAUAUGUGCUAGGCUUAGAUACUUCAUCUUCUGCAAAGAACUUCCUGUGGUGUUGAAGGCUUUCGUCCAUGGGGAUGGAGGGUUGUUCAACAACUAUCCAGAAUUGCAGGAAGCUCUGGUUUGGGUUUAUUUCCACUCCAAAAUUCCAGAAUUCAACAAGGUCGAGUGUUGGGGCCCGCUGCGGGACCCAUUAGCACCUAAACUUUCAUCAUCGGGUGGGUCCCAGGAAGAGCAGAGCCUUGGGUUGGCAACUUCUCCAAGUAACCCUAACAUGGACUUACCACAGCCAUGUGAACAAGACUGUGACUGCUGCUUUCCCCCCGUGGCCGUGAGCUCAAUCAAGUGGUCCCCACAACUUCCCCUUCCCAGUAAGAAACUGUAUAGUGGGACCCACCAACAAAACUCUACGGCAUAACAAAAGUAUGAUACGUCUCGUGUUCUCUCUCUUUUUAGGAGUGAUCACAAUUCACCGACGCACAAGCUGUUGGCAGAUACUCCAAAUUGUGUUAAUUAUUCUUGGGAAAAUAGAAAACAAAUUGUUUCAGUUAUGUUUGACUCCGUUUGUAUGAAUUUCUGUACAUAUUCGUUUCGAAGUUAUAAUUAAAUUUUAGCUUGGGGGUGGUUAGAGCGAGGACCAAAUAUAUAAAAGAUCAACCUCGUCAGAGGGAUAUCUUAUAGAA